GACUGCCCCUCUUACCCUCGCUCUCUCUUUCCCCUGCUCCCUCCCUCCCUCCCUCCCUCUGUCCCUUGUCCCGUAGCUUUUCUCCCCUUCUCUCUCUCCCAUCUCUCUUCUUUUUCUGUGUUUGAAUGGAGAAGCUGGGUUCCCCGGAACCUGCGCAGCCCUCGCAGGGUGCAGAGCCCGUUGCCGGGGUUUCUGUUGCUAAGACGGCAGAGGCCGAGGGAGACGAGGCUGUGGCAGCGGUCAGCUCCAAACUGUUUCGGUGUGCGUGCGUGAGACGUUGGCUACCACUGGACUACAGAGAGGAACUCUACCAUGUCUUACGGCUCACGGGCCCACUGCUGCUGUCCCGGAUUCUGAACUUCCUCCUGCCGUUUGUUAUCACCAUAUUCUGCGGUCACAUCGGCAAUGCAGAACUGGCUGGAUACGCACUGGCCUCAGCGACCAUUAACGUGACCACAACAGCGACAGGCUUUGGCCUUGCUAUGGCUUGUGACACACUGAUUUCUCAGACGUUCGGCAGCAAGAACAUGAAACGCGUGGGAGUAAUUCUCCAGAGGAGUUCACUGAUCCUGCUGCUGUUUUGUCUGCCCUGUUGGGCCCUUCUCAUCAACUCGCAAAACAUACUACUCAUCCUGUACCAAGAGGAUGAGGUGGCGAGAAUUGCCCAACUCUACGUGAUGGCCUUUCUACCAGCUGUUCCAGCCAUGUUCCUGCACCAGCUGCAGGUUGCCUACCUACAAAACCAGGGGAUUAUUCUGCCCCAGAUGUACACAGCAGCUGCAGCAAACAUUUUUAACUUGGGGAUCAACUAUGUCUUAAUCUUCAGCCUCAAGUUGGGUGUCAUCGGAUCAGCAAUCGCCAACAGCCUCUCUCAGAUCACCAUCUGCCUGCUGUUGUUUGGCUACAUCAGAUGGAGGAAGCUCCAUCAGAACACGUGGGAGGGCUGGUCCACCGCCUGUUUGCAGGACUGGGGCUCCUACAUGAAACUGGCUGUUCCCAGUGUAUUCAUGGUCUGGUUUGAGUGGUGGAUCUGGGAGGUUGGCGGUUUCCUUGCUGGUGUACUUGGCGAGGUGGAUCUUGCUGCCCAGCAUGUGCUGGUGGAAAUAGGAACCAUUAUAUAUAUGUUCCCGCUAGGAAUCCACGCAGCUGCCUGUGUGCGUGUUGGCAAUGCUCUGGGAGCUGGGGACACUUCCAGGGCCAUAGUCACCUGCAAAGUGACCCUGGUUCUCUCAGGAAUGCUUGCUGUGCUCCAGGGUAUCGUCAUUGCUGGCUGUAAGUCCGUCGUUGGCUACAUAUUUACCUCUGAUGACAACAUUGUGGAGAUUGUCUCAGAGAACCUUACAGUCUGCACAUUUCUGCAGUUCUUUGAUGCACUUCUGUGUGUCUGCUCAGGGAUUCUUGUUGGAUCUGGGAUGCAGAAAAUUGCCGCCUUGUCCAACCUGGUAUCUUACUACUUCAUCGGUCUGCCGGUGGGAAUAGCUCUGAUGUUUGCUGCCCAGCUCAGAAUAUUAGGCUUGUGGCUGGGUCUUUUUAUCUGUGUAUUCAUUCAGACGUGUUUCUUUCUUCUUGUUAUCUUCAAACUCAACUGGAAGAAAGUCACACACAAGGCUCAACUGCGAGCUGGAAAUAAAGUGGUAGUGAUACCCAAACGUCCUGCAAGUAUGGCACUGAGUGAAGUGAUGAUGCCUGACAUCUCUGACCGCCCUAACACAGCCCAGUUGGACAGUGAAGAACAGUCUAAAGCAAAUGGCUACAGUCCAGUCAACACUCAGGAUCAGGAGCUGAAAGUGGGUCACUCAGCUGACGGCAAUAACGCAAAUGCAGGAGGUACAGAUGGAGACACUAAGCAGCUUUCUGUCACUCAGCUGAUUUUACGUCGGGGACUCACCCUCUUGGUUUCAGUUCUCAUUUUGGCCAUAGGUGUUGCUUUCCACAUUGCCUUCCCUGUGCCGGAGCCCUCUGCUCAGAGCAGGGCCAACUUUACUCUGAACUGGGCCAAUGCCUCCACUCCCACACCACUGGCUCCUCUGGACCUGACCCCAAACCCCUAAGCUACCUUCGCCCUCUGAAUGUAGACACCUAGUGGCUGAACACACUUAAUUCCUGGAUAGAAAAGUGUUCAAUUUCUGCACAGUUGCACAUCCUCUCAUAAACCUUGUUAUUUUUGUAAAACUACCACCUCUACCUUGUGUAGACAAAGAGAUGUCUCAGUGCUGCAUUGCUGAGUAAACUCACAGAAAGCAGAAGCAAUAUCAAAAGAGACUGGGACUGGCAGGAUGAACAAAGGUCUUGUUACAAAGAUCAUCUUUUAACCUGCUGUCUGAGAUGCUCAACUGGGACAAGACGACACAUUUCAAAUCCCUCACUAAGAGACCACACAAGCAAUGAGGAACAGAUGUUUUUCCACUGAUAGCUUUUGAUUUUUGAACCUAUUCUUGUCUUGAUUUACACAUUGCACUGUGACAUAUGUCUUCUUUCUUACUGACCUUAAAUCAUUUUCUCAAGGAUUAACUUUAAGUGUAAGUGAUUGACUGUAAAUAUCUGAUGUAAAAUUUACAUGUAUACAUGUAAAUAUGUAAUACGCUAAAAGUGAGUAGGCAAUAUAUUACUGCAUUGUCUUCUUUUGUCAUUGUCCUGAUGUCAUCAGGACAGAUGUGAAUAAUAAAUAAUAAGCUUUUUUUUUAAUCAAUAAAAAUUACAUCACACUUUAGAAGUGUGAUUAGGUAUUGUGGACUCACCAAACUACAUUAUUACCCCAUGAAAUGUGUUAUCUGCGUCUGAACUCUUAUUUUCUUUCUAGGUUUUUGUAAAUAUGUAUUUGAAGAAAUCCAAAGAUUCAAGAAUUGAACCACCAAUUAUUAUUAUAUUAUAAAGUAGCAGUUUUAAAUUCAAUCAUAUUUUAAACAAAUGAUUUACAGAUAUAUUAGUGCAUUAAAGUGCUACAGUGAUGGGACCACCAAAAUGA